UGCACUUAUAACUAACUAAGAGCCGCGAUGUAUAUCGGCCGCACGACUUUGAAACCAUGAAGUAUUUUGUACUGGUUGCCGUUGGAAUACUGACCCUGAGUCAGGAAAUAUUCUUGAUUCGUGUUUCGCAGACAACAGGUGACGUGUCAACCAUUCGAAUCCGACUCAAUUUUCUUAAGAUCAUUACACAAAUUAAUCAAAUGCUUACCAUGUUUACCACAACUCGCGCAUUUAAAAAUUGGUUAGGAAUCUUUCUCUUUGCUUUCGUUGAAUUUCUCAACUCUAAAACGUGGCAAGAAUUUCAUUUGCAUUUAGUUGACUCUGGAAACAGAAUACUUGUUUAUUUUCAAUGAUAACCCUGGCUCUAUGUAACAGCAAGCAUUCUUUUCCAAUUGGCGGGAAAGUGGAAGUCUAACUGUAACUGAACUGUGAACAGAACACAUCGUGGAGUUAUAUGGUGUAUAACAUAGAAUUUUUUUAACUUGGAAAGAUACCAUCUAAGAAGGAGAAAUGUGCUGAAAUGCAAAGUUUGACCUGUUUAUUAAAAUUUUACAUCAUCGGCACCGAGGUGCUUAACGUUAAAAACGUUUUCUUAUCAAAUAUGGUAAACGACGUUUACAGCUAAGCUAAUUUUUUCUGUAACUCUUCAGUGCAGCUAUUAACAAUUUUUCUCCCUAUCAGUCACAAGCAAGGAUUUAUCAACAAAAUAUUUAUUUUUGUUCUUUGGCGGGCGCAUUUUUUCGUAGCAUCCAUAAUUACUGUUUUGUUUUCUGUAAUUUAUGCUGAGCGCCUCCCGCCUGAUUAAUAAAGAUAAUCGUUCUUUAAAUUUCCUAUGCUAACUGGGUAACCAGGCCUAAGUGAAAGUGCUAUUUUCAUUUCAAUUUCAUUUUUAUGUUGGAAUAAAAAAAAUGGAAGUGAGUGAAAUCAUACACAAUUUUUUUUUGUUCAAACAGAUACUGAGAUUAUCAUUAAUGAAAGUUCGUCUUCUUCUUUAACAUAGAAGGAUUUUUAAGAGUUUUGUACGAUUAUGAAGUCUCGUGUUUAUCCACACUACCACAGAGUUGAAAUUUCUUAUUCUGUUCAUUAAUGAACUCUCAUCUGUCUCAAUACAAUUGUGCCUUUUAUUCUGCGAAUUUACUCCUAUGGAUGAGAUACCUGGUGACUCCCAGAAUGAGUGUUAUGACAACGGCAAAAAAAAUUAACUCUGACUUACUCGCUUUUCCUACAAUCCUUAGAUAGAAGUAAAAAUACCUUAUUCACAGUUAAUGAAAAUAUUGAUUUAACUUGGCGUAAAAACCGCUUUGACAGACGGCACGGUUUUUUUGCCGUUUGCCGAUCGUUGCCCUUCUACGUUGUUGCCUGAUCUUAAAAUAAAUAAUUUAUAUAGUCUUUUACAGAUGGAAAAAAAAAGUUAUACACAUUUUUGAAUUUGUUUUUCAACCCAUUCUACGCUAGCUGCGGAUGCCAGCAAUGUGGACGAAUGCACCCAUUACAAAGAAUUGUCUGGCCCUUUUCGCACUUUGACAUACUACAAUGCCUCUCUCGAGAUGUGCGACGACCAUUUACAACGUGGAUGGUACAGGUUCUUGCGACAGGCAGGCCGUAUGAUGCCUACAAAUUGUGUCCCUAAGUUCCAUUGCGGUACUUACGGACCCGGAUGGUUGGAUGGGGACCAUCCCAUGCCCCAAGAUGGGAGGGUUAUGAGGAGAAUAUGCUUUCACCUCGAAGGGGAGUGCUGUAAGGAGUGGAAAAUGAUCCAAAUCAGAAAUUGUGGGAACUUCAUGGUGUACCAUUUAGAGCCCCCGCCCGAAUGUCCCAUGCGGUAUUGCGGGGAUGCUGUCAUGGAGGAAGCCCAUAUUCUGGGGGAGGAACGCCCCACAGUCAAAGAGGAACUGACUCCUACUGUUGAGCAGAAACGCCCGAUUGUUGCUGAAAGUGAGUACCUCUGAUUGGAUUCCGAAAGCUUCGGUUUGACUCGCACGGUUUCUACCUGAGCUCCCCAGCAAGUUUCCGAUUGUUGGUUGUAAUCAGUGUUUCUUUUAUGACUUAUCAUUACUCUUUUGGCCAUUAUUAUUUAAGAUUAUGUCUACAAUAAUUUGUAUACUCUGGAAAUUGACACCUCUGCAACUCCGCGCGUUUACAAUCUCCUUGCCGUAACACAAGUAAAUUUUUAUGAAUUGAUACUCUGAUUGUGACUGCUUGCCUUGACUCUAACGGUCAAUGACCACCAUUAAUAUCCUUGAUCACUUGAUAAAAAGCACAUGAGCAAUGAGCGUCGACGCAACAACUCGCUUCAUCGUUCUAAUCGCUUGCUUUAGAAAUAAAAGUCCUCUUAUCCAAUUUUAAACUUGAAUUGCGCAAAUGAUCAGCGAAAGAUCUUCAGUUGACUGAAACUCUUUUCACACAUAACUUAAAACGUUGACACACUCAAACGUGAACGCACUGCUAUUCCACCUUUCGUAUUUUGUCACAGUUCCUGAUGAAUGCGAGAAUCACGGUUUAUUGGAUUCGGCGGACAGAUCACAAGGAUUCUACGAUCCUUUUGUAUCUCUGACUGACGCUGGCCUCUCUCCUGGAUGGUACAGGUUCAAAGACGGCGCGGGUGAGUGACUUUGAUCAUUUGUCGUGAAACGUUCUCAGGCACUCCUAGAUCUCAUUAGUAAUUCUCCUUAAUGUGUCUUAUGAUUCUUAGGUUUUCAGAUGGCAGAUCGAUGCGUGAAGUUGUUUCACUGUGGAACACACGCCACUGGCUGGUUAAAGAAUGGUCAUCCUACGCAGUCAGAAGGGGCUGUGGCCAGAGAAGUCUGUUUUCAUUGGCGCGAUGAUUGCUGCUACUUUAGGCAACAAAUCAUGGUUCGUCGUUGUGAACAUUUUUACAUUUACAAAUUCCCUCGAAUGGACAUAAGCUACCUUCGAUAUUGUGGUAAAGGUUCUGUUAUGGAUAACCACUGGCUAACCCAUUAAUUCCUCAACAUCUGAUUGUUACUUCUCCCCUCUGGCUGCUAUACAUUUCCUUAUAAAUUAAUUAGGAGAAUUUGGAGUUAGAUCAUGAUUACAACUUCUACCUGUCAGGAGUGAUGCGUUUGAGUAAUCUCAUCACCAGUUUGCUGUAUAAAGUAUGGAUAUUACAGGGAGAAAUUACAUUUUAAUCACCUCUGGGAGUUAAGGGGUUAAAAGAAUGAGUAGUUCAAGCUAAAAUGGCGCUACCUCGUAAUGUUUUGAGUGAUUUUUUUUUGUUAUUGAAGUGGAGUAUCGUUUUUAAUUAGAAUAAAUCCCUGCAAUUAUCGUUUGCCGGUGCGGGCUGAUGAUGGCUAGGAGUAAAUGGGUAAUAUUAAGUGAGUAGAGAGAGGGAUAAUCGGGAAGAUAUUUAAGCUGGAUAUAUUCCCAAUUUUUUUGCGUGGCCUCCAAUGGUACAACACUUUGAAGAGUCACGCAGCGGUCCCUCAACUGUCAGACGUUUGCCAGCAUGCGCGAACUUCGCUUCAGGCUGUAAGAGCCAACUUGUCUUCAAAGAAUUAUCCACAACCAUACAAACGAGUUAUUCGCGGUGCUUGAAAACAGUAUAACUGCUUUGAUAAAGCUCAAAAACAAAAUCAUAAUGGUAAAUCUGUAGAAAGCCCGUAAUUAAAUAAGCUUUGUAAACGAAAAGUCCGGCGCUUCCAUUUUCCAUACUUUUGUUUCCUAUUCCAGAUUUCUUUCAACUUUCUUUCGCGUAUUUUACGUGACAACAUUUUCCUCAGAAAGUUUGCGCGGGAAUUUGGCGCGCGGCCAGCAAAAAUCGAUCCCUUGUACAUGUCCUUCCUUUGACCGCUGUGUUCGUAUGGCCUUAUAAAACGAGCGGGUAUGAGAUUCACAGGUCACACCUUGAAUAAGAGAAAUAAUUGAAGACGGUGUACAAAUUCGAUCACUCUCUUCUCUUAUUUCAACCAAGCUUUCAACGGAAGAUAGAAAAUAAACGUACUGAAAGUU